AUGACCCAACAACGACGAGUCCAAGACAGCCCAAACCGGAGAUGGCCGAGGGAAAGAGACGACGGGGUAUACGCCCUCUUGACAAAUUGGAUAACUGAAAAGAAAAUACAAGAUACGGCGAAACAGUCCCCUCCCCGCUGGAAGGGGGUAACGGAGGAGGAGUUCGGCAGGUCGACUGGACUGUCGACAGUUGAAAGAGUUCGGUUCCGGAUCCCAACAAGGGAAGGUAUUACAAGGGCUACAGCCCUAAUUAGCCUGGCUAGCCAGGAGGAGGCAAAGAAGGCUUGUGAGGAAGGGGUCCUCUGGCAGGCUCAGCUAUCCGACUGCGAGCCAUACUGGGGAGCACUGCAGGCGACGCAGUGUUAUAAGUGCUGGGGAUGGGGGCACACCCAACGGUUUUGCAAGGGAAAGGCUACCUGCCCGCGGUGUGCGGCAGGGGUACACGGGGGGGGCGGCCGAGGGCAGGGGAGGCCCAAUGCCCUACCCUGGAAAAUAGGAUCCCACUUAGGUGUACGGCCUGUGGAGGGAGGCACCCGGCCUGGGUACGGUGGUGCCCGGAAGCAGUUAAAGCCCGGGGUGCGGCAAGGGAGGCAUACUUUUUCCGGCCGAGGACCUUUGAGCUGGCCCUUCAGAACAAACAACAACGACAACAGCCACUACAACAGAUGCGGAAUAUUACCUUCCAGGGGGUCCAAGACCCAAUGGAGGAAGCCGACGAUGGCUUCCAAGAAGCAGGAAAAAGGAAGCGGCUCCGGGGUCGACCCCCCGGCUUCGCUAUAG